AUGGUCAUCAAUGCUACCGGCAUGGAGCCUCUGGGCGGGAUCGUACGCCCAGGCCUCAGGGUUGAGAUGUAUGUUGAAGCAGCACCUGGCGCCAAGCCCGCCGAGCACCUCUUCCUGGUGAGCCUCGACCACAAUGCAUUGCUAAAACUGCAACCGCUAACAGGAAUAGUGCCCGGCGUCACCGUUCUCGAACUUCGCAAGAUCAGAAAAGGAUGGAUUGGCACCGGUUCCACAAUCAAGGAUGAGCUUCUAAACGUUGUGACCCAGUUCUUGGAGCCGACCUUGAAGAACAGCUACAGCACUCAGCUUUUGUACACCGUUCCAGACCUUGAGAUCGAGACUUGGGAGUUGACUAAUAAGACUCGUACGUUGAUGAAGAAAUUGUCUCCUAAGCUGCGCAAGAAGCUGGGGCCCCUAUUGCAGAGGCAGAAGCAAAACUUCCAGUUUUCCAUCAAGAUUGCGGCAGAUCAUGUCAUGGAGGAGGUGGAGAUUGGCCGCAUCCCGCAACUUCUCUACUUGCUGUCGCGCAUUGGUGGGUACAUGUCGUUGCUCAGCCUCAAACUUCAUUUCUUUUUUGUAAAGCGCUAUCCCGACAGCAAAGCUGUACAGACAUACGAGGCGAAAACACUCUUGUGGAGUGAUGACGCUCCGGAGGGGCCUCCCGACAAUCAUACCAAGGCCGAUCCACGAGAGAUGGAGACUGCCUAA